CAAGCCGAUAUGGGAGCAUUUCUAUCCAGUUUGUUCUGUUUUGGAGGCAACAAAAAUAAGACUGAGGAAAGCAACAACAUCCUUAGCGAUACGAGCAGCUGCCAAAAAUGUGAAAAACUUAAAGAGCAAUUUGACAAAGAACAAGAAAAAGAAAAAAAAAUACAAGAAGAGUACAGAAGCAGAGAACUUACUUUGACAGAAAAAUGUGACAAAUACGAAGAAGAACUUCAAGACUUAAGGCAAAAAAGAGAUGAAAGGAAGAAAAAUGUAGAUAUUCUCAGAAAGAGAGAACAUACUUUGAUAGAAAAAUGUGACAAAUAUGAAGAAGAACUUCAAGACUUAAGGCAAAAAAGUGAUGAAAGCAAGAAAAAUCUAGAUAUUUUCAGAAAGAGAGAACUUAGUUUAAUAGAAGAUUGUGAGAAAUACAAGAAAGAACUUCAAAACGUGAAGCAAGAAAGAGAUGAAAGCAUAAGAAAUCUACAUAUUGUCAAGAAGUACUCUUUUUCUUGCAUACAGGUCCCAAAAUGA